AUUUGUUUUUAUUGAUGAAACUAAUACUUUAGAUGUGAAAACUGUGUUUGUAACACUCAACAUAUUGCUUAUCAUAAGAUAUACUCUGUUUAGAAUUUCUGAUAUGACAUCCUGCUAUGCUAAGGGAAAUACUUCAUUGACUCGUCUGAGGAAAUUUCUCUCAUCAGAAGAACGUGAGAUGUCAGUUGUUGGAGAGGAGCCUGAUGAAGGGAAAGUAAUAUCGAUAAGGAAUGCAGUGUUUGCUUGGAAUAUAAAAUCGGCUCCAGAACUUCAAGGCAUAAAUUUGCAUGUUGAUAAAGGUUCACUUACUGCUAUUGUUGGUACUGUUGGAAGCGGAAAAUCAUCUUUGUUAUCUGCACUUGUGGGAGAUAUGCAUAAAAUUUCAGGGUCUAUUGAUGUAAAGGGUACAUUAGCUUAUGUUCCCCAACAAGCAUGGAUUUUGAAUCAAACAUUUAAAGAAAAUAUAGUUUUCAAUAAAACAGUUGAUUUGGAAAAGUAUGAAUCUAUACUUCAGUGCUGCUGUUUAUUGCCAGACAUUAAUCAGUUACCUGCUGCUGAUCAAACUGAAAUUGGAGAAAAGGGUAUAAAUCUUAGUGGAGGUCAAAAGCAGCGUAUUAGUUUAGCUCGUGCUGUUUAUCAAGAUGCAGAUGUAUAUUUGCUGGAUGAUCCACUUAGUGCAGUUGAUGCUCAUGUUGGUAAAGAUCUCUUUGAAAAUGUCAUAAGUAAUUCAGGAAUUUUAGCUUAUAAGACCAGAAUUCUAGUCACUCAUAAUGUAUCCGUUCUACCACUUGUUGAUAUGAUUAUUGUCAUGGAAGAAGGAAUUAUUAAAGAAUGGGGAACAUAUGAAGUUCUCAAAGAAAACAGUGGAUCAUUUUUAGAUUUGAUCCAGGAACAAAAAAAGGAACAAAUAUAUGAAAAUUCCGAAGAACAGAUGAUAGAAGGUUCAGAUUGCUGUGAUCAUAAAAACCAAACUUCAAACUUACUGAACUUUGAAGCAAGCUCCCUUCAUGCAUUACCUGAACAUCAAAAUGGUAAACUUAUUGAAGAGGAAGCAUAUGAAAUAGGUCAAGUGAAAUGGAUAACAUACUACAACUACUUAAAGUAUUCAAAAUUUUAUUAUCUUCUUCCAAGUAUAUGCUCCUAUAUGGUAUACCAAGUAUUUGAGAUUUUCCUUACUUACUCGCUGAGUAUAUGGUCACCAGAUGAUAGAGACUCGGAGAAUAAUAAUUUCAAUUCCAGCAAGUAUAAACAUCUGUAUGUGAUCCUUCUUUGGGGUUUAUUACAAAUUUUUUCCGUUGUAUCUGCAAACAGCUUUUUAGCAUUAGCUGCUGGUGAAGCAUCACAGAAAUAUCAGGAAAAUUUGAUCUACUGUCUGCUGAAAUGUCCUUUAUCAUUUUUUGAUUCUACGCCACAUGGUCGGAUUAUGAAUAGGUGCAGUAAUGAUCUAAAUGAUAUUGAUAAUGCAAUGCCAAUAAGUUUGGAUUGUUUCUUAGUGUGCUUUUUCCUGUCAUUUGGCACAUUUAUACUUAUUGGUGCAGUUAUACCAGUUUUCUUAAUUGGCUUAUUUCCUAUUGUUGUUAUAUUAUAUGUUACGCAAAAAGGCUUCUUGAUGUCAUCGCGUCAAUUGAAGCGUUUGGAAUCUACUUCAAAGUCUCCAAUUUAUAGUCAUUUUAAAGAAACAAUUCAGGGAAUUUCAAGCAUCUAUUCUUAUAAAGUUGUUCAAGAUUUUAUUGAGACUUUUGAAAGAAAAACAAAUGCAUCUGUUACAUGUUACUACCAUUGGAUUUUAACUUCUGAAUGGCUGUGUAUACGCAUGGGAUUCUUUGCUGUGAUCAUUAUUCUAACAUCGGCGAUUCUUUGUGUGCAAAAUCGGUUUAACUUGAAUCCAUCAACAAUAGGGUUAAUACUAAUAUAUUGUAUGACGAUGUCUUCUGCUCUGAAAUUUUUGAUUCUGAAUGGAACUGCUUUAGAAAAUAGCUGUAUAUCCUUGGAAAGAAUAGAUGAAUAUUCAAAUUUAACUCCUGAGGCUCCUUGGGAGAAAGUACUGAAACCUCCAGAAACAUGGCCAGAAGCAGGCUGCAUAAAAUUUCAAAAUUACAGUACUUGCUACAGAAAGGGUUUGCCAUUAGUUUUGAAAAACCUGAAUUUUGAUAUCCCUUCUGGUAAAAAGGUUGGAAUAGUUGGAAGAACAGGAGCUGGAAAAUCAUCAUUAACUCUUGCUUUGUUUCGAAUUCUUGAGCCAUAUGAAGGCUCAAUUAUAAUAGACAACAUUGACAUAUCAAACAUCGGCUUACAUGAUUUGCGCUCGAAAUUAACUAUCAUACCACAAGACCCUGUAUUGUUUAUUGGAACUCUACGCUUAAAUUUAGAUCCAAAUGGAAAGCAUAGUGAUGAUGUUAUAUGGUCAACCCUUGAAAAAACACAUCUUAAAGAAUAUUUUAUGUCUUCUUCAAAAGGUUUAGAUUUUGAAGUCUCAGAAAAUGGAGAAAAUUUAAGUGCUGGGCAAAAGCAGCUGAUUUGUUUGGCAAGAAGUUUGCUAAGAAGUUCGAAAAUAUUGAUUUUAGAUGAAGCAACUGCAACAGUCGAUACGAAAACAGACUCUCUAAUUCAAGACACCAUUAGAUCAAGUUUUAAAGAUUGUACUGUAAUUACCAUAGCUCAUAGACUCAAUACAGUACUGGAUAAUGAUAUAAUUUUUGUGAUGGACAAUGCUGAAGUGAUUGAAAGUGGAAAACCUUCUGAACUUCUGAACAGUAAUUCUGUAUUUUCUUCAAUGUUGAGUGAUGCUUCCUUUUCUAAGUAGUGAUAUACCAUUCUUAUGUACAUAAUUUAGUGUAAUUAUACUUUGUUGUU